UGGAACAUCAACAAGUUUUGCUUAGGGUUCGAGAUAGUAUAUAGCUUCCAAGACCCCCACUUUAUGACCUGGGAACACACAAGAAUAAUGCUUAUAUUUCUUCGCUAUCUCCAGUUUUCGUAUACAGGCGGGUUAAUACAGAAGGUCGGCGGCUGCUAG